AUGAGCGCACGUCGGGCAACGGUGACCGUCUGGUUGACUUAUGUGAACAGACGGAUCUCGUUAAGACAACACGACAGACGACGUCAACAACUCACUUGGCAAGGGUCAACACUUUUAACGCCUGAAGAGCAGCGCAAGCGGAAGAUGAGGACUCUUAAACUUCAGCUGGACUACGUUCUAGCGAGGAACAUUCCUCAGUCAGACAUCCGAAAAUCUAGAACUGUUUGGGACGUCGACUUCGACUCUAACCACCGACCAGUUCUUCUCAGCUUCAUAAUACGGUUCCAAAAGAGAAGCCGAGAAGUUCCUCUUCAACCGAAAAUCGACAUGGGCAGGUCAGGUGAAAGACGAAGAAUGCAGAACAAAAUUCCGCCAACGUGUGUCUAUUCAUGUUGGAGUACGGACCAGAAAGAAGCUUAG